UAACAUGUCGUGUUUUAGUUUAAUAUUUUUUAACUGAGUUUUUAUUUAUCAUGGCUUUUUUAAUUCGUAUUUAACUCAAAAGUUAAUCUAAAAGUUAUUUAAGUCAAAAUUUGUUAAAAAUGGCUAAUAUAUCAUCUGGGCGACUAAUGGGUCAAUGUUCAUCAAAUAUUAUUCCAGAAUCUCAGAUUUCAACUAUGAAUCAAGAAGAUGACAUUCCUGAAUUACGCAAACAGGAAAUAGGAGAUAUUUUGCAGCAAAUUAUGAAUAUAACUGAUCAAUCUUUAGAUGAAGCUCAAGCCAGAAAGCAUGCACUAAAUUGUCAUCGAAUGAAGUCUGCUCUUUUCACUGUUCUGUGUGAAAUCAAAGAAAAAACAGCUAUGAAUAUGUGUAAUCAGAUGGAUGAUCCAGUAGAUCCACAGAUGGUUCGUUUAGACAACAUGUUGUUAGCUGAAGGUGUUGCAGUUGAUAAAACUAGUUCUGAAACAAUUUCUUCUCAUGAUAGCCAUAUUGAAAGCAGUGAUUACAAGAUGAAGUUAUCUCAAAUUCGUCAAAUAUAUCAAACUGAACUAGAAAAGUAUGAACAGGCUUGUGCUGAAUUCACUACUCAUGUUAUGAACUUACUUCGUGAGCAAUCGCGUACACGUCCUAUUUCCAAAGAAGAAAUUGAUCGCAUGGUUAGUAUAAUUCAUCGAAAGUUUAAUUCUAUUCAGUUGCAACUUAAACAAAGCACUUGUGAGGCUGUUAUGAUUCUAAGAUCUCGGUUUUUGGAUGCAAGGCGUAAACGUAGGAACUUUAGUAAGCAGUCAACAGAAGUUUUAAAUGAGUACUUUUAUUCUCACUUAAGUAAUCCUUAUCCAUCAGAAGAAACAAAAGAAGAUCUAGCACGUAGUUGUGGAAUAAGUGUUGCUCAGGUUUCAAACUGGUUUGGCAAUAAGCGGAUUAGGUAUAAAAAAAAUAUAGGUAAAGCACAAGAAGAAGCAACUCUAUACGCAAAAUCAACGGCGUCGCCUUCUUCCGAUUGCAUUAAAAAUAAUUGUGGAGAUCAUGUUCAAUUGACAAAUGAAAUUUAUUCACAAUUAACAUCUCCAGAUUGUGCAGUUAGUGUCUCACAAAAUAAUAAUCAUCAUCUUGUUGUUGGACAAGAAAAUUUUUGCAACCCUGGCAAUUUAAAUGAUUCAACAAACAUGGCUCAAAACCCGGUCAAUAGUUUUAAUAGUCUUUUGGAUUCAAUCAAUACAUGGGCAAAGCUAGGAACUGUUAAAGCUGUUAUUGAUUGAUUGGAUUGUGAUUAACCAAUUUGAGAUGGCUUCUUGAUUGCAUUAAAGGAUGUGCGAUUGGUUUGUGAUUGAUAUGAUUGGCUGAUAGGUCAUUUGUUUGUAAUUAGUAUCAUUGACUGUUGGCGAUUAGUGCGUGAUUGGGAUCAUUGACCUAUAAACUUAAUUUGUGCAUAGUUUUGAAAAAUAAUAAGUUAAUUUUUUGUGAUUUAAUGAAAAUAAAUUUUAUUA